GCCGGACGUGCGUGAAGAUUGGAAUAAAACCGAGUUCGCGACGUGAAACGCAAUUGUCUAUCGGACUGAGAGUACUGACGUGAUUCGUGAUCGGACUGUGUUCAUAAGUGUUUACCAACCAACGGAACUGCCGAGCCAGUGGGGGUGAUGGGUUUCAGGGGAAAGCUUGUGAAGACCGCCCUGGUGCUGCUGCUGAUCGCCGUCCUGCCGGGAUUGCCCCCGCGGACCGUGUUUCCGUUCAGGCCGAUCAGCAUCCCACCGGUGCGCCCACUGACGGGUGUGCUGGCCCCGAACCAGCUGCUCAACGGUGCCGAACGGUUGCACGAGGGUGGCCUGCUGCAGCCGGAGGGUGUGCUGGUGCGGGGUAAUCUCACCUACGUCACGGUUUACGGUGGAAAGAUUCUGGAACUGGACGAGCUGGGCGCGGUGCGCACCGUGGCCAAGCUGGGACCCGAGUGUGUUGGCACUUACUCCGAGCGGCUCUGUGGGCGACCACUGGGCAUUGACUUCGAUACCAAGGGCAACAACCUGAUCGUGGCCGACCCGUACCUCGGCAUCUGGCAGGUGCACAUCAAAACCGGCGAGCGGAAGCUGCUUGUCUCGAAAACGGACGCCAUCGUCGAGGAUGGCACGAGUCGAACGGAUGGCAAACAAUCACCGGCAACCCGUAAACCAAACCUCCCGAACGCCGUCGCGGUUGCAAAGAACGGUGAUUUCUACUGGUCCGACACGGCGUCUGAUUUUAUCUUCGAGGACGCGAUCCAGGCGCUACUGUGCAACCCGUCCGGUCGGCUGCUGCACUACUCCCGUGCCACCGGCCGUAACCGUGUGCUCAUCGACGAAGUGUACGGUGCCAACGGUGUUGUGCUCAGCCCGGACGAAAGCUUCGUGCUGGUUGGGGAACUGGGUGGCCAGCUGAUCCGACGGUACCAUCUGAAGGGACCGCUGGCGGGAACGCACGACGUGUUCAUCGAUGGCCUGCCCGGUGCAGUGGACAAUCUGAAUGGGGACGCCACCGGUUUCUGGGCCUCGCUGGUGAUUGCCUCCGACGAUGCCAACCCCUCGUUCGUGGGUAUUCUCGCGCCCUUCCCGAACCUUCGGCGACUGAUCGUGCGACUGUUCGUGCUGGUCGAGGCACCCUUCCGGUUCCUGUACGAUCUGGCCGGCAAUGAUUACGCACUGUGGGCAACGCACCACAUUGGACACCUCGGAGGGCUGGUCAGCCUCUUCCCGGACCGGGGUACCGUGUUGCGUAUCGAUUGGGAGGGCAACAUCGUGUUCGCCCUGCACAACGACGACAAGUCCAGCCACGUCAUCUCACAGGCGGUUCGCCAGGGUAAGGAUCAUCUGCUGCUCGGAUCGCCCGUCAACCGAUGGUUGGGACGCGUACGAUUAACUCCGGAAACGCUGGCCGCACUAAAGGGACAGCCGGCCAAGGUGACAAAGACAGAACAGAAACCACCGGCAACGUUGGCCCGGGAGGAGUUGUAGGAAAACACUCCUGGCAAAGGAACUGUUCCUCGAAUAUGAGCGUGUGAGAAGAUUCAGUAAAUAAAACUCCAAAAACUACAAUUUACA